GACGCGCCGAGCCCCGCCAACGUGGCUACCCCGCUGGGGUUGCGGCAGGCGAGACGCCUCGGGAAGGGCGCGGGGGUAGGCUGGGACAGCCCUCAGCGUCAGGCCCCGCCUCCGGAGGCAGGUUCCGGAGCCUGCGCGCUUUUAACCUCAAAACGUCCAGCACCUCGGAGCCGUGUGCCGUGCUAGACUGGCGGCAUAGACUCAAGACGUGAGGCAACGAACUGUUAAGGGCACGCGUCCGCGGGCGGUCCCCAGGCGCAGGCCCUGGCAGCGGCGUGCUUCAGCCGCUCGCCUAUCCUCGGCGCGGCGCAGCGCAGGCGGGGGCGGGCCGCGCGCCCGAGGACGUCCGGGGAGCGCGCGCGCCGCCGCCGAGCCGGGCCCGAGUUGCUGGCCGUGGGGCUUGAGCGUGAUGGCUCUGACUCUAGGGCUGGGGGCGGCGUGCGCUGCUGUUCCUGCCGUCGCUGCCGAGGCCUCCGUCCGCUCCUGGUCAUGAGAGGAGACAAAACCUCCAAGCAAAGAAAUCUGGAUUAGAGAAAAAGUAUUUUAAGGGCCAUGCAAGCCAACUGUAACCAACUGCACAGUCCUCCAGGAACUGCAAGUGGUGAGGAUGCCUCAGCCUCCCAGUGUACCCAUACAAGAUUGACAGGAGAAGGUUCUUUUCUUGAUUCUGGAGAGGUUCAUAUCCAGAUUAACCCCAUAUCUAAAGAAUAUGUUGAAAAUCCAAGCUCCAGAAAUAUAAGGUCAGCUGUCCAUAGCUGUACCCAUGGAUGUGCACAUAGUCGUUUCCGGAGUCACUCCCACAGUGAAGCAAGGCAGCCUGAGGAUACUGCCACGGAGUCUGGAGAACACGGAAGUAGCACCUUCUCAGAAUUCCGCUAUCUUUUCAAGUGGUUGCAGAAAAGUCUUCCAUAUAUUUUGAUUCUGGGUGUCAAACUUGUUAUGCAGCAUAUAACAGGCAUUUCUCUUGGAAUUGGGCUGCUAACAACUUUUAUGUAUGCAAACAAAAGCAUUGUAAAUCAGGUUUUUCUAAGAGAAAGAUCUUCAAAGAUUCAAUGUGCUUGGUUAUUGAUAUUCUUAGCAGGAUCAUCUGUUCUUCUGUAUUAUACCUUUCAUUCUCAGUCACUUUAUUACAGUUUAAUUUUCUUAAAUCCUACACUGGAUCACUUGAGCUUCUGGGAAGUACUUUGGAUUGUUGGAAUUACGGACUUCAUUCUAAAAUUCCUCUUCAUGGGCGUAAAAUGCCUUGUUUUAUUGGUGCCUCCUUUCAUCAUGCCUUUUAAGUCAAAGGGUUACUGGUAUAUGCUUUUAGAAGAAUUGUGUCAGUAUUACCGAACUUUUGUUCCCAUACCAGUUUGGUUUCGUUACCUUAUAAGUUAUGGGGAGUUUGGUAAUGGUACUAGAUGGAGUCUUGGGAUAUUGCUGGCUUUACUCUACCUCAUAUUAAAACUUUUGGACUUCUUUGGACAUCUGAAAACUUUCAGACAGGUUUUGCGAAUAUUUUUUACACGACCAAGUUAUGGUGUAGCUGCCAGCAAGAGACAGUGUUCAGAUGUGGAUGAUAUUUGUUCAAUAUGUCAAGCUGAAUUUCAGAAACCAAUUCUUCUCAUCUGUCAGUUCUUAAUUCCCUUUACAGCAUAUAUUUUGUGAAGAAUGCAUUACCUUAUGGUUCAACAGAGAGAAAACAUGUCCAUUAUGCAGAACUGUGAUUUCAGAUCGUAUAAACAAAUGGAAUGAUGGAGCCACUUCAUCACACCUUCAAAUAUAUUAAGUUGUACAACUGUUAAGGCCACAAACACUAAUUUCAUUUGGUAAUAAGUGACUAUUGAUAAAGGCAUUUGAACAGAUUUUCAGGGCUGGAAGAAAACUGUUUCCAAGUGGUUUUAGAAUAUAAUUUACAUGUGUAGUCUGGUUUAUCAAGAUCAAAUGAAAAACCCCUGUGUUUUAAAAAGUAUAUAAUAUUCAACCUAAAGAAUACACAACAUUUGUUCUAUCCUAAUUAUCUGACAGAUAAUUGCAGUGUUAAAUUGUAAAUGUGUUCUCUUGCUGAUGUUACCAAAACAGAAAUUAUAAACCGUAACUAGUAGUUUCAAAGGAAUGCAGGUGGGUUGGGGAUAUUGCCCCAGUGGUAGAGUGCUGGUCUAGCACAUAUAAGGCCCUGGAUUCGUUCCCUACCCCAGAAAGAAAAAGAAGAAAAUAGUAAUAAUAAUAAUUCAGGUAUUCUUUCCUGACAUUACAGUAUAUUUUUCACAGUAUUUUAAGAUACAUAUUAUUUGAAACAAUUUUCUUCAGCAUUGACUUUUAUAAUUCCCAUUCUAAAAAUGCUUAAAAUUUUUCACGAAAUUUGUAUUUUUCAAUUAAAUUUCUAAAUGCUAUAUUUUACCUGUAAAAAUUACGUUUUCUAGAUGAAGAUUAAUUUACUGAGGAUGAUAUAUUUUAAUAUUGUAUUAUUCUCUAUAGUAUAAGUAAUCAGCAAGAAUAAAUUAUUUAAAUUCAUUAUUUGUGGACCUCAUACAUGCUUCCUUUAAUGUUCACAAUCUUGCUUUUUGUAUAGUGCUAUUAAGUAUCUCAAAGUAACUAUUAAAAUAAUUCAUGCACUGCUCGAGGUGAAACUCAGUAGUACAGCACUUGCCUGGCAUGUGAGAGGUUCUGGAUUCAAUCCCCAGCAUCAAGCAGGAGAACAAAAGCUUGUACUCAGGGGUGGUCAUAGCUUUGGAUAGUGUGGUUUGCCUGCCUCUAGGUAAUUUGUUCAGGGUCAUGGAAAAGAAAAUAAGGCACUUUGUCUCUCCACUUGAUACCUAAACAUUAACAGAACAAUAAAGGGCUGCUACUGGUUACAUCUACAAUUACAAUACAAGGCUUCUGCCUAUUUCUUUAUUACUAUCCAUUUGUACACAAAGAAAGGAUGGUGGGAAGCAAAAGUUAGAAGAAAGCUGAAAACAUAUUGUAGUAUUGGUAAGACAAAGCCUAGACCAGAACAUGCAUUAAUAAAGAUAGUAGCCAAGUGAUAAUGCCUGGAGAACUACUCAAACUGACAAAGGUAACCUUUUACCCUAGGUAAACACUGCCAGGUUAUAAGAGUAACUAUUUUCUGUCUAUUUAGUCACAAUAUAUUUUUUUUUAAAUUUUAAUAUUUAUUUUUUAGUAUUUGGCGGACACAACAUCUUUGUCUGUAUUUGGUGCUGAGGAUCGAACCCAUGCUGCACGCAUGCCAGGCAAGCGUGCUACCGCUUGAGCCACAUCCCCAGCCCCCACAAUAUAUUUAAUUCUCUUUUUUACUUUGAGAAUUACCACAAAUAUUUGAGCAAGUUUAUUUGGCCUUAAAUCACCUUCCUGGCUUUGUGGCAAAGCUCAGUUGUAUUGUUUAGGUAUAUGGCAGGGAAUGGGUGAGAAAAGGAAUUUAGGAUUAAAAUUUGGCUGUGAAAAACAGCUGAAACGACUUCUAGUUCAGAACACAAGAAUAGCAUUUAGCCCUGUUUACAAUACCAUUUAACCAUACCUACUCGCCUAGUGGUUAUUCAAACAGUUUGUAUUGACUAAAUAACAACAGAAGUUUGGACAGUGGUGGGGUUCUACUACAAUGAACUGAAAACUGGGAAGAUGUAAUAAGAGAGCUACGCCAUCUAUUAAGACAGAUGAUGAACUAGAAGCAUUUUGCUACUACUUUUUAGUCCUUUACCUCAAAGGGAACACAGCUCCAAAAACCCAAUUAUUCUGUGAAUUCAGAUCACAAUCUCCAAAAGUUAAAGAGUACCAGCAUUAAGAGAUGCUACCAUCUUUUAUAAAAAAUGAACAUGAGUGAAAACUUUCUGUAGAGGUAUUACCUAGGCAAGUGUGAUAUAAAUGUUCAUAGAAGAGAUGUGGUUUGUACAAAAUGGCCAUUUUAGAGUAGAUGUGAGACAAUUAAAACAGUUUGUGGGGCUGGAGAUGUAUGUAGUUCAAUGGGAGAGUGCUUGCCUAGCAUAUCUAAGGCCCUGGGUUCAAUCUCUAGCAAAGAAAAACAGAUUUGUGCACAUCAAACUAUCAAAUGUAGCCCAGUUGGACUGAGGAUGUGGCUCAGUAAUGGAGUGCUUGCCUAGCAUGCAACAGGCCCUGGGCUUGAUUCCAGCACUGCAAAAGAACAAUCAAAUGUUGCCAAGAAGCUGGGUGCAGUGGCACAUGCCAGUAAUCCCAGCUACUGAGGUAGCUAAGGCAGGAGGACUGCAAGCUGGAGACCAGCUGGGGGCAACACAGAUUCGGUCUCCAAAAGAUAAAUAUGGCUAAACAAAGAAGAUAUUUUGUUUGGAGGGAAAAAACUCAUAACUUGUUGCAUGAAUUUUUUUUAAAAAACAAACAAUUCAAGUUCUUCUACUUGAUACAAUUUGAAAAUAAAAGAUGUGUAACAUCCAAUAUAUAAAAUCAAUACUAAAGCUUGUUAUAUAUUUAAAUAGCUUCUAUUCUCAGCAGAAACAGUUUUACAACUGUUAUUCCUUACGUACAUUAAUAGUUUAUUAAAUAUGAGAACAUGAAUACAUCUGACUUGUUAAUGAGAAAAAAACUAUAUAACUGAUAUGUACACAGUUGUUUCUUCCUCUGUUUAGGUAAUAAAAAAAGUCACUUCUA